GUUUGACCUUCAAGUGCCCGCCAACGUUGUUAGUAGACGAUACCCUUGAGGCGUUGCCUAAAUCUUGUGGUAUAUGCUGUGGUUUUCGAAGUUAUCUUGUAUGAAAACGGACUGUAACUUUAUCAUCCUUAAUUGAGCAUGAGUACAAACAAUAAUCAUGUACAUCUUAUUUCCUUAUUGGCAGGCUCAACUGCUGGACUUUCCGUUGAUCUUGCACUUUUCCCAAUCGAUACAAUCAAAACUCGUUUGCAAAGUUACCAUAACACUGUUCAGAGGACUCCUGGUUCCCUCCGUCUUUUCGCCGGUUUCCCAGCAGUUGCUAUAGGUUCUGCUCCUGCAGCUGCAGUAUUUUUCUUAACUUAUGAGGCAGUUAAAAAUGCAUGUAGGGAUCUCGGUAUGCAUCCGAUAAGUCAUUCAGUUCUAUCUGCUUGUAUUGCAGAAAUUGUUGCUUGUGUUAUAAGAGUACCCUGUGAAGUGGUGAAACAGAGAACGCAAAAUCAACCUGCUCAUGGUGUUUCGACUGUGUUUCUACAGACUUUGCGUAAUGAGGGAAUUCGUGGAUUUUACAGAGGAUAUGUCAGCACAUUGUCACGAGAAAUCCCAUUUUCACUCAUUCAAUAUCCCAUAUGGGAAAAAUUAAGGUAUAUGACUAUGGAAUGGAACAGAAAUGCAGUUGGAACCGAUGACAUUACAGACCCAACAGCGUUCCAGUUAAAGGCUUGGCAGUCAGCUAUGUGUGGAUGCUUAGCUGGCUCAAUAGCUGGCGCUGUAACCACACCUUUAGAUGUGGCCAAAACUCGAAUAAUGUUGGCUGAGCCCAAUUCUAAUUUUGCAUCUGGUCAUAUAAUUUACGCCAUGCGAACAAUAUUCCAAGAGAGUGGAAUUCAUGGGCUUUUCUCAGGUUUAAUACCUCGAAUCACAUUACUAUCUGUUGGUGGAGCUAUAUUUCUUGGCAUUUAUGAUAUUUCUACCAGUUUCUGGACUUCACUUCUUCAAAAUUCUAAAGAUUGAUGUAACUACGUACUUGACAUAGUUUUUUUUUUUCAAUAAAACACUACUAUUUUGUGCCUUUUGUUCUCAGUCCGUGAUGGUAUUUUUCGGUGUAUUGUACCUAUUUAGUUAGUUCUAAAUAAUUUUUCCUAAACGUUCUAAAGUUGACACUGUCAUUGUUUGUUUAUUUCCCAUAAAUGUUUUACUUCGGCUGCUCAACACAUGAAUACGUAAAUCUUUAGUUUUGUUAUUGUUAAGUGUUUCAGCUGUCUUGUCUCAAUUUCUUAAUACAUAACUCACUAUUUUCUAACCUUCCAUUGAGAAAAUUGAUGUUUUUGAAUAAGAAGCUGUGAAAAAUAAUCACCAUCCAAAAAUGUCUAAAAUAAAAGCUUUACAUGCCUGUCUGUUCUGAACUAUUCAGAUCAAAGUGAAUCGUCUGUUUUAGUAUCGAAAUGUAAUUAUUACUCUUCGUUAUUCUUCAUUACAAACGGAUAUAAUACUCAUUUGUUUGCAUUAUAUUCAUAUGUUUAUCUCUAUACCUAUAUAAAUCACCAGAAUGGUUCAUUUCCAAAUGCAUACACUCGAAAUAUUACUUAGGUCAUCUGAAAAAUUAUCACUACUAUUUCCUAAUAUAAUAACAUCUAAAAGUUUUAAUAACUUCAAACUAACUAUUGCUAAUUUGUUAACUUCCUGGUUGAUAUUUUAAUGAUGUUUGUGUUCAUGUUACAAGUCGAUAUUGUUUAGAUACUGAAUAGAUUGAUGAUUCUUGAACAACACUGUUAUAUUGUCUGAGAAUUUUUCUGUAGUAUUGUUGUAUUUAUAUUUAAUAUGACGGAGAGUUAUCUUGAUGAAUUAUUUGUACUGUUGUUAAGUAAAUGAAUGUAUUAUUUUAC